AUGGAGCUGCUUCGGCGCGUGGGCUUCUUCUGCGCGCUCUGGACGUUGCAAUGUUGUGCUUCCGUACUGGGUGCCAUUUCACGUGACGCUAUCUUCCUACGGUACUAUGCGGCUUCGAGCGUGGCUGCUCUCACUCUGACGCUGUCUUUGAGCACCGCCUACGCAUUGACACUGGCCACGCAGCUGGUUGACAAGCUAGCAGCUCGUGCUGUUCGUCCUGGCAUACUAUACGCCAUCAGUCCUUUGGUGCUAGGCUGUGGCCUUCUUGUCCUAACGCUCCUUUCCCUAGUCGCACCCGUACUGGCUCGAGCGACCUCCGUCCUCCUCUACUUGUGGCUGGAAGUGCAGACCCAAUGGUUGACCCAGCAGUUCUGGGAUUUAUGUGCCAAGGGCUUCGACGUGGCCCAAUCCAAGAAGUUUUUCGGGAUGAUCACGUUCGGAUCAACUUUUGGCAGUUUAUCGGCGAGUUUCGUAGUGCUACCAGUAGUCCAGAGUCGGCAACUACCGACAGAAUUCAACUUGCUGGUUUCUUCCGGAAUGCUAUUUUUCAUCGCAGGAGUGUUGUUCGUAUCGGCGGAACAUUUCACGUCUGCAAAUAUUGCUCCGUCUGGGAAGAAAACUAAAAAUCAGAAACCUGGGGAUCCAAGAACGGACACGUCGUCGUCCACUGUGAUUAUUCGAGAUAUUCAGGCCAGAACGUACUUGAAACAUAUUUGCUUUUUCGACAUGUUGGCCACGGUGAUGCGCGUAUUGGUGGAUAAUACGACGUUAUCGGUGGUAUCGCUACAGCCGGAAGAAGAGGUGAAGGCCUCGCUGUCGAUGAUCAACGGAUUGCAGAGCUUCCUCAUGAUCCCGAUGCAGUUACUGUCGGGGCCCUUCUUCACCCACUUUGGCGUCAUGUACGGUAUCGCGAUGCUCCCGGUGACGAUUUUUCUGUUUGGAGCAUCGACCUACAUUUCAACGUCUGCGUACUCGUUGAUUUUCACGCGGGCACUGUACAACGCCGUCUCCCAAGCGAUUUUCAACCCGGCUAGACAAUUACUGUGGCUGCCUUUCAAUGAGAGCGAGCGAGGUCGCUUCCAGAACUUUGUAUGCGGACCGUUCCGCUCGCUGUCCCGGAUUUUCGGCGCAGUGUUGUCGAUGUUUCUGACUGCAAGUUUGGUCGUUCAAUUCAUUGGAGCGUCUUCUUCAAGUAUUAUAAUGAUCGCGACGUCGGUAGCCUGGUUUGUGGACGCCCUCGCAGCCAGAAAAUCGUACGCUUCCGAGUUCUACGCCUCGUUGCGACAAGGCUACUUGGAUUUGACCUCACCACUGGUCGACUUUACACCGGAUCAGAUCGUGUUAGUGAAGGAGACGCUGGUGAAUGGUGAGCAAACGCAAGCCAACUUCGUCUUGAGCUCGCUGUCCCACGAACACAUCGGUCUCUUCUCCCAGGAACUGCGAGCGUUGUUCUACAAGACAAGCAGAGACGCUGUGCCUCUUACGCCGAUGCACACGAAACUGCGCUUGUUGAAUCUCCACACGGCAGCCAAGCGAGACUUCGUGCUCCAUGCACAAGAGUCGUAUCUACUCCCUGACGCCAGCACGUUCCCCACUGGGAUUUUCAACACGAUGGAUCUGAUGAUGCUCGUCAAGGACAAAUCGGUUGCAGUGCCACGUCAGCUUCGAGUCGCGGCGAUUCUGGCGUGUGGAUACGAAAAGUUUAACAUGUACGCGGACCAGUGCUCCGAGAUGCUUCACAAGCUGCUGCGUGGUGAAGAGGAAGACAAAUCCGUCGUGGUAUGCGCUGCAGUGGCUUUGCUGCGUCUAUCGGACUGGAUGGAUGAAGAAGCGAACGUCAUUCUCCAGCGAUUACUGCACGAAGAGAAGGUGCUGGAAGCGCGCGUGGUGGGCUUGAAAAUUGUAGGCAAGGAGCUACCAGAGCUGCUGGGCGAUGGCUUUCUGGUGUAUCUACUUCACCACUCUUCGACUCAGAUCGUCCAGGCAGCAGUUGAGUGCUGUUCCAACAGCUCUCGCAACUCUCGAAUGCUUAUUCCAGCUCUGAUGAAACAUCUCGCCAACUCCUUGAUACGAUCUCAGAUUGUCACGGCACUGAAAGGGUUUGAACCGGCUGCGUUGUGGGGACCACUUUGCCAAUACACGGAAGAGAUCCUACGACUUCCCACUCAAGCACUGAGCAAUUACGCACUAACUUCGGACCGGAUCCACAACAAGAGAGAGGGAUUGGCAGGUGCACUUAAAGUGCUGGACCUUGGUGGCUUUCCGCUUGAAGAUAAACUGGAUUUUCUACUGCACUUGAUGGAGACGUUACUAGUGACGUCAAAGGCACCGGACGAUGGGGUUGAUAAGGUCAGCACGGACGUUUUACAUCAUCUUUUUGGGAAAGAUGUGGUCAUGGAGGAAUUGAUUGUGGACGCGCUGCUAUCGCUGAUCGCAUCAACGGACGAAAAGACGAUGAACUCGUUUUCACAGUUGAUGGACCCUAUCCAUCACGCGCUGAGUAUCAAGAUCCGUGAAGCCCAUGAAAUGCGUCACGUUCUGGAACUGUUUUUCCAGAUCUGUCCUCGUACAGCUACAAACAUUGAGGAAACCUCUCCUCUCUUGCUACAACAUGUCGAACACAGCUUGAAAGAAACGCUUCGGCUGCUGCUGAAGCUACUUUCAACGGGAUUCCCUAAGGAAUUCGAUGUCGCGGUGAUUCUGGAAGGUUUGCAGUCAGAUCUGGGACAAGUGCACUCCGCCAUUCAGGAGGUGCUGGAGAAUCUACUUCCCUCGUCCUACAAAGGACUGGUGCUGCCACUACUAUUUCCGAAAUUGUCGACUACAAAAGCGGCGUCAAAGAUGGCAAAGGACGUCGAAGAGUUAUUUGGUGGAAAAGAUGGCGUCGACAAUUUGCUGGAUGUGAUGAAGCACCAGGACACAGAGCUGGAGCUGUCAGCUCUUGCUCUCCACUAUUUCCUCCACAUCGCUGGGAACCAUGCAGAACACCUGACCGAUGCAGCGAAACUGAAUUUCCAGGAUGAGAUCAUUCCGAACUUGCUCAGCCACGAGCUGACCAAGGAACUCCUGAUUGAAACGUAUCACGGCAGCCCCGAAGUGCUUCCGUACGAGUCCGUUGCUAAUCUCAAGGAUUGCGAACCCCCGUUGCUUUCACGAAUCGCGGUCGCAAACUGCCUUCGUGUAUCGUCAUUGUUCGAGAAUGUGUGCGCAAUUAGCAUCUUGCGGGUGAUAUCGCACCAUUUCUUGCCGAUAACUGUGACGCGUGGACAAACCUUCGCAGUUGAAGGCGAUAUCGCUUCAGCCAUGUACGUCGUUGCCACGGGUACGGUCCAGCUCCACAAAGAGCGAAGGAUUCUAGCAGUUUUAGGCUUUGGCACGUGUGUUGGACAAGCUGCUUUGCUGCAGCACUCGCUUCAUGCUGGAACCCACAUCUCGUCGGCAACUGCGCUUGAAGACUGCAUUCUCCUCAGUAUAUCACGAGAGGAGCUUGACGCGCUGAUCAAGGAGACGCCACAGGUGUCUAGAGGCGUUCUUAAUGCUGUCGCGUCUUCUCUCCAGUUGCUAUACUUCGAGCCACUUCGCGCUAUUGCUCAAUCGGGGAGUCUUCCUCGUCGUGAUCGCAGAGCGUCUUUGACUGCGGAGACAGCACAUUCAGACAGCGAAAAGACCCACCCGAUGCUCAAGAUAACCGAGUCGCUUACGACUAACAUCAAGGCAGCGCUGUCGGUGGAUCGAGCGGCGAAAUCCUUCCUGUACAACGUCGGUCGAUGUCGAACUACUCCUCGCGGAGGCCCUUUAUCACUGCCAGGCAGACGCCGAAGCUUAAGCAACUCGCAGCCGACCGGGAGAAGUCCGACGCUCGCGUCAAAGGGGCUGCUUGCGCUUUCAGAUCCCGCCGACUAUACGACGUUCGAGAAGUCGAUUCACCUGAAGGCUUCGCACUUGAUGCGGAACCUCGAUGACGACAAGGUGUCGCUAGUUGCCCAGCUAUCUCGAGUCGUGAUGCUUAGUCAUGGUGACGUGCUCUACUCCAGUGGUACUACUGUGGAGUGCAUCUACGUUAUCAUCGAUGGCACAAUGGAGAUCACACAUCCCCAAGGCGAUUCAGACGCGUCGACUGCUUCAACGUCGAUCAAACUUCACGGUGGCGACUGCUUUGGAGAAGAGGUACGCUAUCUGGAGAAUCCAUGUUCAAGCGACAGCCACAGCACUUGGUAG